CGCGCAGCGUGUCCGGGGCGGAGGGGCGGAGCUACGCUGGAGCCGGGCGCCCCCGCUGCUGCUGCUGCCGCCGCCGCCGCCGCCGCCGCCACCGCCCGCGGCUCCCGCUGCCGCCGCCUUGCCCGGCCCCGGCCCGCGGGAGCGCCCCCACGCCCGGUUGUCCUGCAGGGCCGCGGCCCGGUGGCCGGACGGGGGCGACGGGCCGGGUACGGUCGCGGCCGCCCCCGCGCCGUCCUCAUGUCGGCGCCGCUGAAGAAGGGCCCCGGGGGGCUGAUCGGGCUCAUGAAGGACGCCUUCCAGCCGCACCACCACCACCUCGGCCCGCACCAGCCCGGCGCCGUGGAUAAGAAGAUGGUGGAGAAGUGUUGGAAGCUCAUGGACAAGGUGGUGCGUUUGUGCCAGAACCCAAAACUGGCGCUGAAGAACAGCCCACCCUAUAUCCUAGAUCUGCUGCCCGACACCUACCAGCAUCUACGAACCAUCCUGUCGCGCUACGAGGGCAAGAUGGAGACCCUGGGAGAAAAUGAGUAUUUCCGCGUGUUCAUGGAGAACUUGAUGAAGAAAACCAAGCAGACCAUCAGCCUUUUCAAGGAAGGGAAAGAGCGGAUGUAUGAGGAGAACUCUCAGCCUAGGCGUAACCUGACAAAGUUAUCCCUCAUAUUCAGCCAUAUGCUGGCAGAACUCAAAGGGAUUUUCCCAAGCGGCCUUUUCCAGGGAGACACGUUCCGGAUCACCAAGGCAGAUGCUGCAGAAUUUUGGAGAAAGGCUUUUGGCGAAAAGACUAUUGUUCCUUGGAAAAGCUUCCGCCAGGCCUUGCAUGAAGUGCAUCCAAUCAGUUCCGGGCUGGAAGCCAUGGCCCUGAAGUCAACGAUCGACCUGACGUGCAAUGACUACAUUUCAGUAUUUGAAUUUGAUAUCUUCACCCGGCUUUUUCAGCCAUGGUCCUCUUUGCUCAGGAACUGGAACAGUCUGGCAGUGACUCAUCCUGGCUAUAUGGCAUUCCUAACGUAUGAUGAGGUGAAAGCCCGGCUUCAGAAAUUCAUUCACAAACCUGGCAGUUACAUUUUCCGACUCAGUUGUACACGGCUCGGUCAGUGGGCCAUUGGCUAUGUCACUGCAGAUGGGAACAUUCUUCAGACAAUCCCCCACAACAAACCUCUUUUUCAAGCACUGAUCGAUGGCUUCAGGGAAGGCUUUUAUUUAUUUCCCGAUGGCCGGAAUCAGAAUCCUGACUUGACUGGCUUGUGUGAGCCCACACCUCAGGACCACAUUAAAGUUACACAGGAACAAUACGAGUUGUACUGCGAGAUGGGCUCCACGUUCCAGCUGUGUAAAAUAUGUGCUGAAAACGACAAGGAUGUGAAGAUUGAACCGUGCGGCCAUCUGAUGUGCACGUCCUGUCUCACUGCGUGGCAGGAAUCAGAAGGCCAGGGUUGUCCUUUUUGCCGCUGUGAAAUCAAAGGCACGGAGCCAAUCGUCGUAGACCCGUUUGACCCCCGAGGAGGAGGAGGGUUAUCACGACAAGGGGCAGAAGGAACUCCCUCGCCCAAUUAUGAGGAUGAUGACGACGACAGAGCUGAUGAUUCCCUCUUCAUGAUGAAAGAACUCGCUGGUACCAAAGUCGAGCGUCCUCCUUCUCCGUUCUCGGUAGCUCCACAGGCCACGCUUCCUCCCGUGCCGCCGCGGCUGGAUCUUCUGCAGCAGCGAGUGGCCAAUCCGCCUGGGGCUUCCAGUCCUGGGACCACUUCAAAGGCUGCUCCUGGUGCUCUUCACAAGGAUAAACCUUUGCCAAUCCCUCCCACGCUCCGAGAUCUCCCGCCGCCACCGCCUCCGGACAGGCCACAUUCCAUCGGGAAUGAAGGCCGACCUCAGAGACGUCCCCUGCCCUGCACGCCAGGAGACUGUCCCUCGAGAGACAAACCCCCCCCUGUGCCCUCCAACCGCCAGGCAGAGCUGUGGCCAGCCAGGCCCAUUCCAAAAGCCCCAUCUGUAGCUCUCGGCCCUGGCGACCCUUGGACUGGGAGAGAACUGUCAAACAGGCACUCCCUUCCCUUUUCCUUGCCCUCCCAGAUGGAAUCCAGGGCUGACAGCCAUCGGCUUGGGAGCACGCUCAGCCUGGACAACCCGGUGAGCUUGAGCAGUGGUCCGCCAACAACCUCAGAGUGUGAACACCCCAAAAUUAAACCCUCCUCAUCUGCCAACGCGAUCUACUCCUUAGCUGCCAGACCACUGCCUGUACCAAAACUGCCUCCUGGGGAACAGUCUGAAAGCGAUGAGGACACUGAAUACAUGUCACCAUCCUCUCUGCCUGUAGUGCCUCCAGGUCCUGCUGUACAGAAACCAGAGAUCAAAAUGCCUUUGGAAAUGACUCAGAGUUUACGAGUUUUAGACUGCGACCAGCAGACGGAUGGCUGCAUGUAUGAAGCAAUGUACAACAUUCACUCCCAAGCAGCAUCCUCAGCUUUCGAGACUGUCAACACUUCUGAUGAAGGGGAUCUGGCAGCAGCCACUGCCAGCAAUGGCCCUGAAGAGUCAGAAAAUGAAGAGGAUGGCUAUGAUAUCCCCAAACCACCACUACCAGUGGCCAUUGCUCGUCGCACACUGUCUGAUAUCUCCAAUGCCACACCUGCCUUCAGCCGAAUGUCUUUGGAAAAUGACCCUGUGACAGGUUUCUCCGAUGGCUCUCAAGUUCCAGAAAGGCCUCCAAAGCCUCUGCCACGGCGAAUCAACUCGGAGCGGAAAGCAGGGAGCUGCCAGCCAGGCGGAGCCAGCAGUGGGACCAGUGCGUCACUGCAGCUCUCCAGUGAGAUCGAGAACCUAAUGAGCCAAGGCUAUUCAUAUCAGGACAUUCAGAAAGCACUGGUCAUUGCACAUAACAAUAUUGAAAUGGCCAAGAAUAUCCUCCGGGAGUUUGUUUCCAUUUCCUCCCCUGCUCAUGUGGCCACAUAGCACAUUACCUCCACACCUACAACUUCUGUGGACCAACUGCCUGGGCAGCUGUAGCCCAGCUACGCACCAAAGGGGAAGGGGGUUCCUUUAGAGACUUCGUGCUGAGGUCGGUCCUGCCUCUUAAGAGAAUCAGUUAUCAGGUUUUUGUGGUUCCAGAUUUCAAAGCAGUGGAAUGAAAUGGAGCAGAAUGGUGUUUUAUACAGUGUACGUUUUGGAGUCCUUUACCCCUACCUCUUGUUUGAGAGAACAGAUUUAUUUCCAGGGUGUUGGUAGAGAAAGGUAUCGCAACAAGGGAUCCCCAUGCUGAUGCCCUGGAGGCUGGGGGGAGUGUUUUGUGCUGUGAAUUCUAGGUGAAUGCUCUGAGAAACCAAGUCUUGAGGUCGGCGUGGUGUGUCCUGUGGUUCAUGGUACUAGGUUUGGAUCUGUUCGCUGCUGCGUGUCUGGCUCAGGCUUUUUAGGCCAGCUGGGAGGUCACUUUCUGCUGGGAAUAAAUAGGAGACCUCGGAAGAAUCUUUAGAUUGCUUCCUGUUUGCCAUGGCGUUUCCCUCUUGCCUGUAAUAAUAGCAUUUAUUGCUCAUGAUUCAGCUCCUCCCUUUUUGCCUGGACACAGCGUGACGAGCUUCUGUCAGGCAUCUUGAUCUCGACAGGGCUGGGAGUUGGAUUUCUCUCCUAUGUGUCCUCUUGCCGGCAGCACUAUCAGAUCCCAGGCAGCUCGACGUGCUGAAAAGGUUUGCAUGUUUUUGAGGGGUGGGAGAGGGUGGGCAGGAUUUGAGCGAGAGCAAAGAACUGGCUGCUUCUCCUUCUUUAGCCUUGAGCAUUUUGAGCUUCGAUGCUCAAACUUCAUUGUGGCCCUGCUGGGCCUGAGCAGCCGUCACUGGACGCUCCCACACGCUCUUUCUCUAGGAAUGGUGCGCCUGGUAAAUAUGAUGUUUUAUUUAUCUUAAUUGCAUGGUGACUGUGGCAGAGUCGUGGCCUUCAUGCACAUUCCAUCAUCUCCUUCAGAGAGCUUUUGCAGGAGCCAGCUGUCUUCGUGCCUGGCUCUUCUGUGGAAUUGGUAGGUGCAGCUGGUGUAUGUGUUGGUAUCUUACCUGCUUUGCGGUAUAAGCAGCGCAGCAGUUCUCUGCAUGGCUAUCAAAACCACGUGGGGGCUCUUCUUUCCAUUUCCAUUACUCUUAAGGUAUUGCCAGAGCCUGUGGUAAAACAGAUCUGGGCAUCUUCUGUAUUUGUAAAAUGAUCACACAGCUUUAAGAGUCAGUACUCAGCUGUUGCUUUGGGAGAACCUGACUUGCAUACUCAGCUACUUAACUCUGUUCAUAUGUGCUUGACGUGUGAGGAGUGUGUGGUUCCUUCUCAGAAGAUUUAAAUCAAGAAGGCAUACACGGAUCACAGCCUGGCAGAUGAACCAGUGCUCUGUGUACACCGAGAGGCUGAGAGCCUUUCAAAGCAUGGCUAGCGUUAUUGGCAUCUCUGGAAAGGCAGCAGUAGUCACUAGGCAAAGCGUUGCAACUUGAAAUGCUGUUGGGGUGAUUGUGGGGUGCAGAUUAGCCUUUUAAAGAACCUCAUGGCCCAGAUAUCAGAGAAAUGGCUUGCAUUUGGCAGAGAGGACUGAACGACUAUUGGCAAAGGGAACGAAGCAUCAAAUGCUUGUUUUAUGUAGAGUAUAGGUUUGUCUCUAGAUCUACAGCUUUAUAAACUGAUGCAGUGGGUUCCAGGCAGUUCCAAACAUGAACUGUCUCUCUUUACUCCCCUCCAUUCCAUAGUAAAGGCAGUUUUCUCCCAUACUGUAAGGAGAUCUCCUGCAACACUUCCAGGCUAUCACCACCGUUGCUAUUUCGGGGUCAGGGCUGGAGCUUGGAAACGCAGCACGCUGGUGAGGUUCAUGUCAGUGGGCAUGGUGCUUGCUGUGGGGCAGAGAGAGGUCAGGCGCAGCCGAGAGCAGGGUCUGGCCUGGCUGAGUGGUGAGCACUUCCCCAAGUGCUGAGCUGAGCUGCAGAGGCGAUGUCAGUGCAGGUGGCACUCGGGGAGGAAGAGCUGUUCUUUUUCCUUUGCCCACACGUGCGACAGCAGCAUUGUGAACCCAUCCUGCUCCUUCUGUGUGAAGUGCCCUGCCAGUUAUGCACAGCAGCCUUGGUCAGUGCAAGUGGGAGCUUCUAGAGGAACAAGCCCAGCACUGCUGCUGCUGAGGAAGGAACAUGCUGCAGCUCUGGGUCUUCUCUCUGUAUAUCUGCAUGUCACAUCUGUGAGCAACUUAAUCCUAGUAUGAGAGUUACUUCCUGGCUUUGUACUGGAGAACCAGGUAAAAACCCUUUUGUGAGGGAGCACUACGGUUUUAUAUCCCUCUUUUUUGUAUCCUCUCCAGUGCUGCCACUAGGUCCCUGUUAGGUUUGGAGCCACUUUGUUCCCAACUUGCUGUGUAAACUCAGCGCAAGUGUGUUCAAGCGUGGUGUGUGACUCUUGCCACUGCCAAGGCUGCGUAAGAGCCAAGUCCAGCCAGCUAGAAAGCCUUAAUUCUUGUCUUGCACAGUGUGUGUGAUCAGACUAGUGAUGCUCUGUCCCGUACAAGCCAUUUCUUACAGGCUUGUUGUCGUAAUGUUAAAUGAAAUCAUGCUUAGCAGAGCUCUUCCAGGCCUGUCUUUGGGGUUUAUGUGCUGAGAGAUGUUCCUAUGGAUAUUGUUGCAGGUAUUAGAGAUUAGAGAGAGCAAUCUUUGUGGCAUGUGUCACUAAUUUUUCUGCAUGUGUCCUUUCUGUGCACUGUUUGUGUCCCAAAGUGAUUAAAGAAACUUAAGUCUUGGCUUUUUGUCCUUAGACGUGUUAGCAUUUGCUUGUACCACUGCAGUGCAGCAGAGUCCUGCCCAUGGCUUAUGGCUGUGCUCUGUGAAGUCAGUCCAGGCACUGCACAGUGUAUUUUUCUUGUUGUGCUUUCAGAAAGGUAAGCCUAAGGUUGAUUUCUCUUUCUGCCCUUCACCUUCUUGAUCUUUAUUCUUCAGAAGUCAACUUUAUGACGCUACUUUAAAAAGAAAUAACCCCCCCCCCCCAUGUCUAGUGCCUUUCUUAAGGGAAUGCUGCAUCUCUAGGCUGGACCGGAGUAUCCACCCCUCUGUGGAAAUGAAGAGCCCAAAGUAGACAAGCUGUAAAGACACCUUUGAGCAUGAGACUGCUUUGAAAGGGGUGAAAAGAAGGGGCGAGGAAGAUGGGCAGCUGUCACUUCAACUCUGACACUGCUCUGUAGCAUUUCAGCUGGGGAGGUUUCUUACUUUACCUUUUACUAACAGUGACUUGUCUGGCCUGGUGCUGUACUAAGCUUGGUGUAAAGACAAUAGAAUCUUAGGACAGGAUUGGUUUUGCUUGUAACACGAGUUCUGCUUCUAGAAGAUGCUGGGUUUCCCCCUGCCUGUUAUCAUGGACACAAAGCAAGCAGGAAACAGUACAGGAAGAGCUGGGCACAAACCCUGUGGCACCAGUAUGAGCGAGCAGCAGGUAGCUGUGGAAAGCAGGCAAGUCUCAUCUGCUCUGAACAGGGUUUCAGUGCCACUGUAGCUGAAUGGGAAUGUGAAACGAGCCACAUCCCACCAGGGCUGUGAUAGAUCGUGCCUGCAGCACUGCCCCUGUGUGCCUGGCUCUGUGAGUGCUGCAGCUUGAGGCUUUGGGGGUUCUCUGCUGGGAACCAGUGGGACUUGCUUUCACCAGGAACAGCUUUUCUGCAUGCCCUCCCCUGAGCCCUUCCUUCGGGGGAGCACUGCAUGUUGCUUCCUGCACUAGGCUGAUGGCAUUCCUGGAGCUAAAUCCUGAGGCAGGCUCAUUACUGUAAGUGGGUUUUUUCAGUUGAGCAAGAAAAAAUGCAACUCCCAGGGCACUUUCAUAAAGGUGCCACUUAGAAAAUUAGUGGGGAAUAAGGACACUUGUUUUUAAAGUUCCUACUAGAAAUGGGUUUUUUUGGAAUUCUCGGGGGGGGGGGAGGAGCAGUUGUUCUUCCCCUUGAAUGACAAAUACCAAUUUGUAUAAUAUCAGUGUUAAAAAUGUUGAGAUUUUCACAAACUAUUUUAAAGAAAGGUAUAAUAGUGUCAUUAAUAUAAAACUAUAAUAGCAGUAUUUAAUCCUUUCGGAUCUGUAAAGAAUAAGGAAAAACAGAAGGUAAAUAUUCUUACAGAGAGUAGCUGAGCUUUAAGGUUCACUCGGUUUAAAGUCCUCAUUUUGUUUGCAAAUGCCUUGUUAAUGUUUAGAGGUUAUACUAAUGUUAUUUAUUAAUUGUGUCCAUUCUCGUCUGCUGCCCACUAAGAGCUUCUUUGUUUGGGGUUUCCUUCACCCGUUGUCAGGAAAAAGAAAACAAGACAAAGUUUUAUUUUUCAAUAAAAUUUCCUUUGUUGUAGCAUA